UCUAUGGUUCAUGGCAUCUACUUCACCUGUGUGACCAUGAGCGGGUUAAUGCUUCUGGCUGACAGCAGGACAGAGGGAGGAAAGGGAAGCUUAAAUGAGUGAGAGGCAGGGGGCAGAGAGAGGGAGGAGUGACAGAAUGAUAGAGGGAAUUAAUCCAACCUUUCCCAGACCUGAUUUGACUCGGUCGCAAACUGGCAUGUAAAAACAUUCACAGUGAAACCAACGCCAUGGAGAGAGAAGAGAGGAAUGACAUGUCUUUCCAAAGAAAGAGAAGUUUCACUUUCGGGGCAUAUGGAGGAGGGUGAGUGGUCUCAAAUUACGACUGAUAUGUUCAAGUCAAUUGAGUAGCUACAUGUACUGAAUGAUUAAUUACAUCAUUGUUUAGAUAGAGUUGAUCUUGUCUAUGUAAGAUGAUCCGCUUUCUUCUCCGAGUAGUUCUCACUUCCUUGUUUACAGUGUGGACAGAUUCACAUGUGGGGACGAGACGAGACCUGAAUCUGCAGAGGACAACAUACUGGACAUCCUGGACUCUCCUCCUAGUGACAGACAGCCUUUCCUCUCUGCGAGCAGCAACCAGAGGGACACAGAGCUGUUUGAAAUCAUUGAAAAGCUGCAGCAGGAUCGAUGAGCAGCGGUGUGCAUUCCCUCUUCCUCUGAAGUCUCAGCUUCUGACGAUAGGUGGAGACCUGCCGCUCAUCCUCUCUCCGAAGCUGGGGGGCUACUGGAUAGACCCCCCUCUGGAGAGGCUUGCAGAUGCGAGUCCCACCUCAUCCCAGCACGGCCUCGAGCCAGAGAGCUAUGACAUCAUGGAGAGAGACGGGGAGGCCAAAAUCUACCACGAGAUCUUCAGCUCGCGAUACCAUCACUCAUUCACAGCAGUGGAUCCAUCGCUGGGGCCUCUGGUUCUUUCCGUGCGUUUGGAGGAAGAGGAGAGCAAGCUGCGGGUGAUACUAAGGAUGAAGGAGUGCUCUCUGCACGCAGUUUUCUCUGUCUCUCUUUUCCCCAACAUCCCAUCUGCUGUUGAAUUAGCAAAGAUGCUCUGUGAGAGAGUGACUGUCUCAAAGUUUGAAGUCGUCAGCUACCUCAAGGCCCCAGAACUCAUAACUACAUUUGAUGAACACAGAGUGUCUCCUAAUUUCAAGUUUGGCAUUUUGUACCAAAAGAACGGGCAGUUCACCGAGGAAGACAUACUUAGUAACACUGAGGAAAGUGAAGAGUUUAAGGAGCUCCUUUCUAUUUUGGGAGAGACGGUUGGACUGCGAGGCUUCAGCGGGUUCAGAGGAGGACUGGAUGUGUGUCAUGGUCAGACAGGAAGUGAAGCCGUCUUCACUUCCUUUCAUGGCAGAGAAAUCAUGUUCCAUGUCGCAACUAAACUGCCUUUCACCGAGGGUGACGCGCAACAGUUACAGAGGAAAAGACACAUUGGCAAUGACAUUGUAGCUUUGGUCUACCAGGAGGGCCCAACCCCGUUUCUAUCUGAUGUUAUCAAGUCCCACUUUCUGCACUGUUUCCUGGUGGUCCGGAGGACUCAGGGUCCAGAGGAGACAGGUAGAGCUGCGUACCAGGUGUCCGUCACAGCCAGAGAGGAUGUUCCCCCCUUUGGUCCGGUACUUCCAGAUCCUCCCAUCUUCACAGAUUCUUCCCUGCUGAGAGAAUUCCUUCUGACCAAACUCAUCAAUGCAGAGAUUUCCUGCUAUAAGGCUCAACGAUUCAGCAGACUAGAGGUAGAGCUGCGCACUCGUUCGUUGCUUCUUGAGAGCCUGCAGGCUGAACUCUCCACCCGUUCCCAGUGCAUGAUGGGGGAUCCAUCACUGUCUGCUCUCCCAUCUUCUGAGGGUGCACGGGGGGCAUCUGAGGGGACUGGAGGAUUCAUUGAAAACUUUAAGAGAGCCAUUAGAGUGCGGAGUCACUCAUUCGAGACUCUUGGGGUACCCAGGAAGAUGGGCGGCAGUGCAUCACCGAAGCCGAAGACAGAUAAAGACGGAGAGGGUGACAGUUUGGGGUCGGCUGAACUCAAAGAUCAAGCAAGCCCUCAAGAAGAGACAUGAAAAAUAAAUAUCAAUUUGUAGAUUUUAAAUAGUAAUAUAUAUAUAUAUAAACAUUGCUAGCCGGUUACUACUUUAUUAUCUUGCACAAUGGCUUGAAUGUAAAUAGAGUGUAAAAGUAAAUAGUAUUUCUGAGAAUAUAAAUAUUUUACUUUUUGUCAUAGCAGUAAUAUACUACAUUAAUGAAAAGCUUAACAUUGUACAGUAUAUCAGUGAAAUGUUAAAGAUAUAAAACUACCAGAAAAAGACAAUUGUGACUUUUCAUUGUCAAUAAAACUGUUUUACUUAAAUGAAUGAGGGAAGUAAAGUGAAAUGUUGAAAUGUAUCAUCAGCGAUAUAUAUACAUUAUGAUAUCAUAACAAUUAUUAUUACUAAUGUGUAAAUAUUUUAAAUCUAGUAAGCUGUAAACAUAAAUGUAAUAAAUAGUCUAAAUACAUAGAUAAAUAAGAA